UGAAGCGUGUGCUCUGCUGCAGGCGCUCGCAGAGAAAUGACUCUAGUCCCUCUGUGCUUACAGAGUGUGCUCAUCUAAGAACUCAAACUGGAGAACUACUGAAACUGAAUGUGGACUUUAAACAGUUUGACUAGGAAUUUCUAAUUCGUGCUUCUGCAGCAAUUCCGGUUUCUACAGAUGUUUUAGUGCGGUGGUUUUCAUUAAUGGUUCACGACAAAGUUUUGCUCUAAUUUCCUGUGCAACUGAAGCCCCCAACUCUGUGCACAAUGACUGAGUGUGUGUGCAGCUCUUCAUACCUGCAGAGGUGGUUGCUAAAGACUUUGUUGUUCCUGGCUGCUGCGCUGCCUUCAAGUGCUGACUGUCCCAAACCAUGCGCCUGCGAUGUUACCACUGAAGUGCACUGCACCUUCAGAUACCUGACUUUAAUACCUGACCACAUCCUGCCAGCUGUUGAAAAAAUUAACCUCGGGUACAACAGCAUAACUAUCCUGAGAGAAAAUGAUCUUUCAGGGCUUGAAAACUUGGAACUGUUGUUGCUGCACAGCAACAUGAUACACACUACUGAAGACAGAGCCUUCAAAGACCUUAAGUCAUUACAGGUCCUGAAGAUGUCAUACAAUAAAUUAAAGAUUAUCAACAAAGAGACUUUCAAAGGCUUGGAUAGUCUGCUGAGACUCCACAUAGACCACAACCACAUCGAAUUUAUAAACCCGGAGGCUUUCUUUGGGCUUACCAACUUAGAAUUGGUUAAUCUGGAGGGUAACUACCUCCAGCAGCUCCACCCGGACACAUUUAUCACACUGAGACACAGCCAGGUUUUCAAGGUAUCAUCAGUAAGAACCAUCCACCUGUCAGACAACCUUCUGACCACUCUGCCAGCAGACAUUUUUUCAGGCUGCAGUCAGUUAGAAAAUGUCUUCCUCCAUGGCAACCCCUGGAAGUGUGAUUGCCGUAUGAAGUGGUUCUCACUUUGGGCACAAAGAAAUACAGGUGUGCUGAAAUGCCGGCGAGACAGGAGAUAUCCCAGAGGCCUAUGUGCUGUUUGUGAAAAUCCUUUGCUUUACCACAAAAGGCCUCUAUCCCUUCUACCCAACAAUGCUUUUACUUGCACCAAACCUUUGAUCCAACCCCAUCUAAAGCAGAAAAACAUCAGCCUGGAUGAAGGGAACUUCUUUCCUGUUUCCCCCAAGGACUUUAUUGCCCCAUUAGGCUCAAUACAAAUGAACCUGACCGACCAGUUUUACAAUGAUGCCAGUCUAACCUGCACUGUACAGCGGCCCACUUCUUUUGAGAACCUGACUCAAACCCUGGAGGAAGGAGAAGGAAACAAUGUCACCAUGCUUACCACUUGCAUAACUACGUAUUUGGUGUGUAAUAUUAACCAUGAACACAUCCAGCAACUGUGGCAGAUCUUAGCCACCUACAGUGACUCUCCUAUGAGGCUAGAGAGAGGUUUAAUGUUGGCCAGAAGCCCAGAAAUGGUGUACCGAUAUGCUCAGAUGAAAACAAAGGAUCUAGAUAAAGAAAUAAACACAAACAUUAAGGCUGAGAUUAAAGCCUCUCCUGCAUGGUUAAUGCAGGGAGAAGUGAGCUUCCAACUAGACCGCACUGCUACCACCUUCUCUACCCUGCACAUUAAGUACCAGUCUGUGGUAAACCUACGUUUGGAAAGCACACCAUCUAAGAGGGACCGGUAUUCCUGGGCCAUGAUCAAACGAGAUAAUCAAACUAAGACUGAGCACACUGUACUUACAGGUGGUGUGGUACAGUUGAGCUGCCAUAUCCAGGGUGAUCCAAAGCCUCUCUUGGAGUGGAUUUUACCAGAUGGAAGCAAGGUCAGAGCUCCUUAUUCCAGUGAGGACAGGAGAAUAAUAAUUACUGCUGAAGGAAAGCUCACUCUUCGAGGUGCAGAUACCUCUGACACAGGCCUCUACUGGUGCAUUGCCACAAACUACCUGGAUGCAGAUAUCCUCAUCUUUCGAGUGACAGUUCUGUCCACUGAUGUGGAAGAGGAUGAGGUCAAUGGUGUUCAACUCUCUAGGCCACUGGGUGAAAAGCUUGUUUUUGACUGUAGCUCCUCGGGGAGUCCUGAGGCCUCAGUGUCUUGGAUUCUGCCUGACCAUUCAGUGCUUGACAAGCCUCAUGGGAACAGAAACAUUUUUAAGAAUGGGACAUUGCUGAUUCAGGGUAUCACAGCAAGGGAUCGAGGAUUUUAUAGGUGUUUAGUUGCUAAUCAUGUUGGAGUUGACCUACUCGUUUCUCAGGUGACAGUAACAGACAAAGGGUCCGUGACAGCAAGUGUUUUCAACAGUGAGGGAUCAGGGAUGGUGACGGAGUUUGCAAUGGAUUCUAGCUUGACACAAAACACAGUCAAACUCAGUGAGAUACACCACUCCCAGCAUGCUGACAGAACUAUCCAGGAGUCCAGGACCAUUACUUCAGAUCGGCCUUACCCCAGACACAGAUCACGUGGCCGAGUAGGUUUUGGAGGUAGACUGGGACAGAGAAGGAGGGGGUCAGUCCGCAACAGCCACAUCUGGAGUAGUAGGGUCUUUGAUAAAGCUUCCAGGAAAGUAGACCCGCAGAAGUUUGCAGAAUUUAUGAAAAAGGCUCAGGGUGGCUCAAAAAUAAAGAGUGAUAGAGAAAAUGAGAAAGUAAAAUAUGAAAACACACAUAUUGGAUAUUCUGGUGACAAUGAAAUUGGCUCUGGUGAAGCUCAAGAUGAAGACCAUCUCAUUGUUCUCCCAACAAUAGUCCAACCAACAACAGAUAAUCCACAAAGAAUAUUUGCUCAAGACAGGCAGACUGAGACAGUAACAACCACACAAAUUGGUGAGGGACAUAUUUUAGCAACAAAGGAAAAUGGCAUGGAAAAUAGAUUCAGCAAUCAUAUUAAUUCAACUAAAAUAAUGGAAAAUAGAGACAUGGCAACAACAGAGCCAUAUAUGCAGUCUACAUUCACUACAGAUCCAAGGUUAGUUGAGACAAACAACUUUUACACCCUUGAAAGAACCAGCAUGCCACCUUCGAACCUACAACCAGUCACUCUCCAACCUACUGUGACAGACACUUCACAAGAAACCCAACUAGAGUUAUCAGGAGAAGCACUUGCAGAACCAGAGACUUCGACAGAGGGUGCUUUUUCUUCAACUACAGACCCUAAUGUUACUCCAAUGAGAGAUGAACCAGGCCCAGUGGAGCUAGUCCUUCACACAGACCCUGAAAGCCAAACCUCAUUUACAGCAAUCACAGCUACAGACAGACAGCAAGACAAGAUCAUUUUCCAUACAACCCAGACAAUAAAAUCCCAGCGCCUGCCUGCAGGAUCUACUAUCAUCUCCCGGCAGCACAUCCAUAUAAUCCCACGCCAAAGUAACAGAGGAAAGGUUGGCAGGAGGAACUUUCAAGGCCGCAGAAGAAUCAUUAAACCAAACAGGAUCCAUGACAUGCAGUCCUUUAUUAAUAAACUUAAACAAUCCACCAUGAAUAAAGAAGGGAAUGCUUCUGUGCCAUAUCAAAUUCAGUUGACCACAGCCUGUAACUGUGAUAAUAAGGCAGCAACCACUGAUUUGGCAGUGGUCACACCAACAGCAUCUUCUAGUCCAUGUUUACACAAAACAGAGAAACCUGCUUAUAUGCAAAAAACCACAAGUCAUUACAUGACUUCAGAUGCCACAUUCAACAAAGCAGAGUCUAGAUCAGAGACUUCCAAUGCGUACAUAACGUUUGCAGUUGCCCCUGAACUGGAUCCUACAACUAAAGUCCCAACCACAACCGCUACUACAUCUACUUCUAAGAUCAUUCGGGGGAAAAUUCCAUGGAACAAGUUGUUUGGAAACAAAGGAAGGGAAAGGAUGCUCAGUAGGCUUAAGAAGCCAUUAACUGCGAAUAAAACUUCAACUACGACUGAAACAAGAGGCACCCUAACCACAACCAUUGCUCCUACGCCCAUUACCUCUGCAAACUUAUUAGUUAAAGUUGAUAGUUUGUCACCAUCCAGACACACAACGAGUAGUUCAUUAGAUGAUGAUUGUAGAGAUGCAUCCUCUGCUGAUUUCCAGUUCACAACACUGGGUCCCAGCUUGGACUUUAUACCUGUUACUAGUUAUUCUGGUUCCUCACAGUUUUAUACCACUGCAGAAACACCACCAGAAUUACAGACUCUACCCUCGCCACCCACUGUCAAACCCACCCAGCAGGAAAAUCUUGAUGUAACCUCAUCUGGGUCUGGAAGACUGUCUGACAAUUUUCUUAUAAUCAGACAGAGGCCUGGUGGGACAAGAGGUAGGCUAGGGUGGAGAAGGAGGCCCAAUAGGAGAAGAAGACCCCUAAGGAAACCUGGAAUUCCCAAAGUCCGACAAACUACAACAACUGAGGCAAUAACUACAGAGGCAACAACCAUGGAAUACACAAUGGAGGCAACCACACUUUUUCAACAAAGUGUUUCAGAAUAUAAUCCCAUUUACACACAAAAAGAUGCCAGAACCACAGUAUUGGGUACCACUGAAAAAAGAUCUGAGGAGAGUGACCUAUAUGAGGACUUUGACUGGACAUCUAGUGGUUCAUCCAGCUAUCCUACCACCAUGACACCUCUAUUUUCCUCUGCCACUUAUGAUCCUGCUACUACACUGAUACCACAUACAACUAAGCGGUUUUACACAACUGCUCAGACAAGAUUCCACAGCAACAUCAAACCACCAACACAAAGGAAUGGUGACACCAAUCGCCGUUUAGUGUUGGAGAGAAUUAGACCUACCGGUACUCGAAAAAGCAGUGGUACUAAAGGCAGUGUAGAUAACUCUGAUACACUGAUCCUUCUAACAGCUCAGCAAGGCUACAUGAUCAGUACCCCCGUUCCUUACAUUACAGACAAGGAUUCUGCCACCUCUACUAUUUAUAAUCAAGUCUCGGGAUAUGAUGCUACCAGUGCCAGUAAUGCUGGUUUUGAACCCACUACAAAGGUCAUGUCAAGCAAACCCAAGAUAGUGGGUGGAAAUGCAGCUAGCUUUACUGUACUGUCUAACUCUGAUGCUUUCCUGCCAUGCGUGGCUGUUGGAAACCCACAGCCAGUUAUAACAUGGAAACAAUUCUCCUCCAGCACAGGAAGAACCAUUACCAUUAAAGAGAGGAUGGGCAAGUAUGAGGUGUUGAGCAACGGCACGCUGUCAAUCCCAAAUGCCAAUAUUAAAGAUCGAGGCCAAUACUUCUGUCUAGCUGAGAAUGACCAUGGAUCAGAUAAACUUAUUAUCACCCUCUCAGUGGUAGCCUAUCCCUCUCGCAUUUUAGAGCCAAAGAUGCGCGAGAUAAAAUCUUAUGCAGGAAACACAGUUGAACUGAAAUGUAAAGCAGAGGGCCGGCCCAUGCCUGUGAUAUCUUGGAUCUUGGCCAACCGUACUCAAGUCAUGGGUCAAAACACUGAGAAGGGAAGAGCAUCGGUAUCUGCUGUGGGGACUCUGGUUAUUAAAUAUGUGUCUGUUUAUGACAGAGGUCAUUAUAAAUGCAUUGCCAGUAAUCCUGCUGGAGCUGAUACUGCUACAGUCCGACUGCAGGUGGUGGCAGCUCCACCAGGUAUCAUGGAGGAGAAGCGGCAGCAGCUACAAGCUAUUCUUGGCCACAGUUUACAGUUACCCUGCACUGGUCAUGGUACACCUCAGCCUAGUGUUCACUGGGUUCUCCAUGAUGGGUCAAUGAUACAAUCUAACAGGCCUGUAAUCGAUACACGGAUAUCCAUGUAUGAGAAUGGGACGCUUCACAUUAAGGAUGUGACUCCAGCAGACAGUGGAAAAUAUGAAUGUAUUGCUACCAGCUCUACUGGUUCAGAACGAAGAGUCGUGACUCUGACAGUAAUACUACAAGAAUCUGCUCCUCAGAUAUUGGAGAUAUCCAAGCGCUUGACUGAGUUGUCAUAUGGAGAUCAGUUAAGACUAAACUGUUUGGCAACUGGAAACCCUAAACCUAGGAUAAUCUGGAAACUACCUUCUAAAGCUGUGGUGGACUAUUGGUACAGGGUGGGCAGCAGGAUACAGGUCCUUCAUAAUGGUACUCUUACUGUUAACACUGUGAGUGACAAAGAUGCCGGAGAUUAUCUCUGUGUGGCCCGAAACAAGAUUGGUGAUGCUCUACAACUCAUGAAAGUCAGUGUAUCAAUGAAGCCAGCCAAGAUAGAGACUAAGGUAUACAGCAAGAAGCAGGUACCCUAA